CACUGGUAGUUGACAGCCCGACCGAGUACAACUGGGUGUCGGCGUGUCCGAGGAUCCCAUGAAGGCAACAUAAACCGUUUUCUUCCUGUCCUACGGCGCUGGGUUACAGCCUCAUGAUCAGGACCACUUGUGUACACUUGUCAGCGCUGAAGCGCGGCUACAGUUUAGCCAUGCAAGCGAACACGACGAGGGGCUUCUUGUGGUCGGACGUGGAGACGAGGACCCUGUUGAACAUCUGGGGGGAGCAGGACAUCCAGACUGCGCUGGAUGGGAGCUUCCGAAACAGCUUUGUGUACCGCGACGUCUCCCGCAGGCUGGGGGCCAUGGGCUUUGAGAGGACGCCGGAACAAUGCAGGGUGCGCAUCAAGAGCCUCAAGAGACAGUACCUGUUAGCCAAAGAGGGCAACCUGCGGAACAACGGGCAGUACCACAAGAUCUGCAAGUUUUACGACAUCAUGGAGGGGAUUCUGAGCAACCGGCCGGCUCUUGACCCUCGGGAGUUCAUGGACGGCGGGGUGGGAGGAGAGGAGGCCGUGGACGGCCUGGAGGAAGAUGGAGAAGACAUUCAGGAUGCGUUCUCGGAGAGCACGGGAGAGUGUCCUUACCCGGCUGAGACUGAAGUGAAGUUGGAAUACCCGACCGUCCCCAUCCCUAUUCCAGUGAAAGUGACCGUGGGCAAUAACAGCACCUCAGCAAGGGCAAACAACAGCACCCAGUCCACGAGCAACUCCUCAGCCCGGACGCCCAAACGCCCCAGGAAGCGGCGCGCCAACUUCCCCAUGGAGAAGCUAAUGGAGCAGUUCCUGGAGCAGAGCGCCCAGGCCGAGGACAGCUUCUACCGCAUGGAGGAGCAGCGGCUGCAGGCGGAAGACCGCCGGCGGGAGGCGGAACACGACAGGGAGCUGCGCAUGCUGCAGAUGCUCGGUCAGAUGUUCUCCAGCAUCUCCUCCGCGGCCGCUCCCUCCGGCAGGACGGCCGCCGCCGCCCCCGCCCGCGCCCCCGUCAUCUCUAGCGCCUCCCCGUUGCACACGCGCGGCCAGUCCAGCCAUCACAGACGCCCUUCGCCCCAGACAGACAGUUUCGUUCAGCAGAGCCAGCUGUCCGACACAGAUCCCCAGACUUUAGUGAUAGAACGCUACAUGAGGGCCAACUUUGCAUCACACAGAGGCAUGGAUGAUGAGAUCCUCUCUCUAGUUAAGACCAUAGUCCCUCCGCUGACAUCCAAAAAGCACAAGGGACAAGAUGGGCGUAUUGGGAUCAUUGGAGGAUGCCAAGACUACACAGGAGCUCCGUAUUUCGCGGCCAUCUCUGCACUGAAAGUGGGGGCGGACUUGUCUCACGUGUUCUGCACCAAAGACGCUGCGACUGUGAUCAAAUCAUACAGCCCUGAACUCAUAGUUCACCCAGUUUUGGACAGCCCCAACGCGGUGGAAGAAAUUGAAAAAUGGCUCCCAAGACUGCACGGCCUCGUGGUGGGACCAGGUCUAGGAAGAGAAGACUCGUUACUGAAAACGGCCAAGGAGGUUAUUGAGAAGUCCAAAUCAAGAGACAUCCCUAUAGUCAUCGAUGCGGACGGACUAUGGCUAGUCACGCAGCAGCCGUCUGUUAUUCAAGGCUACCAGAAGGGUAUCCUCACACCUAACUUCAUGGAAUUCACCCGAUUAUACGAGGCACUGCACCACGAGCCCCUGAACACCAGUGACCAUCAACGCAGCGUCGUGCAGCUCAGCGUAGCUUUGGGAAACCUCACUCUGGUGCUAAAAGGAGAACAGGAUCUCAUCACGGACGGCAGCAAGGUUUACUCAUGCAGUUUAGAAGGCAGCGGGAGACGAUGUGGCGGACAGGGUGAUCUCCUGUCUGGGUCUAUGGGAGUGCUCGCACACUGGGCCCAUGCUGCCUCCACGGCCGGAAUGAUCAGAAGUGUGAAUCCAUCAGUAGUUGCCGCGUACGGCGCUUGUUCCCUCACCAGAAAGUGCAACAGUCAAGCCUUCCAGCAGCACGGCAGGUCCACCACCACCUCAGACAUGAUCCAGGAGAUCGGCUCAGCCUUCAAACAGCUAUUUGAAAACUGAAAACAGACUAAGUUGUUGUAUAGUUAUGUAUGCUUGAAAGUGUGUUCUUAACACACUUGUUUUGUUGGGCUAGCAGAAUAUGUUCUCAGAAAAAAAAACUGCAUCGAAAUGAAGGUUUGACUGUGGACAAUCCCUUUGAAGAAAGUGUUAGAAACCUGGUGCAGAAAAUACACUGACAUGUUGUUCGAAGUGUAUUCGAUGAAAAACCAACAAACGCAGCGUCUUUUCCCCCUAGUAGUGUAAUGAAUGUAUUCACCAAACGUGUUGAGGUAGCUAAAUUCUUCACAGCCCACCAAAGAGACUGUAAGCUAACAUAAGUUGGGUCACGGUAAACCUGUGUGAGUUUUCAAAUAAACCAUAAAUUUGAUUUUGUGUGACAGUUUGUGACCGAGUUCUUGAGAGCAGUCUGCAUCGUGUCAUGGCAGCGCACCGCCAGAGGGUGGCAGUACGGACCUCAAUGUGGAAAGGUCACCACGGUCACUUUGUUGUUGUGCAGACAAAACAGACUUGUGUUAAUAGAAGUACAAUAAAGAAUUAUUAUAAAUGGAGCAUAACAAGACUUAUGGGAGAAAAA